UUCUCCUUUGUAAGCUAUGACAACCAUAGGGUGCCCCAGGAUCCCAAGUCUCGUACCUUAAUCCGCCGGCACGCCAUGCGAGAUGUGGCCACCACGAGAAAGCAGAAGCGAAACUAUCGCGGCAACGCGGUCCAGUACCCAGAGGCGGUGCUGCGAUCAACUAAGCGUAAGCUGUUGAAGAAGGCGACAGACAGCAAUCCGCAGCCGACUAAGCAGCAGCUCAUCCGAAUCCACACAAUCGUUGUUGAUGACUACAGCCAAAAGUUUAGCACGCGCUUCCCCAUCUUGGAGCUCAUUGCACCACUCACAAGCCUGCACCUGGGGGUGGCCUCCAUCUCCUGCUUUACCUUGGAGCCCGGCAGGACGGGGGACGUGCUCUUCUCAUUGCCGCUGUCCAACUUGCAGAGCAGACGGCUGUUAGACUACCUGCCUAGCCUAUACGGGAAGGCCUCCGCCUUGACUUACACCGUUGAUUGUCUUGUAGCAAGGCUGAACCAGAUCACUCGCGGCUUGACUACCAACACAUCGUCGGAAGAGGAGGAUGGCGAGGUCCUCCAUCAUUAUGCCAAGGCGCUCAAGGAAAUCCAGCGGGCCAUCGAUGAUGAACAACUUCGAAUGGCGCAGGAAACACUGUAUGCGGCAGAACUGCUUGGCAUUUUUGAGCUUCUGAGCCCCAAUCCGGAAAUGACGUCCUGGAAGUGCCAUGCAGCAGGAGCUGCCAGGCUGAUCCAGCUUCGUGGCCCCGAGAGGUUCAAGACAGACUUUGAACUGGCCCUUUUCAUGGCCCACAUCGGUCCAAUAGUCACCGAAUCCUUCCUCAACAACAAGACCUGCUUCCUGACCGAGGAGCCAUGGAAGAAGGUCUUGCGCACCGCCAUCUGCCAUGACCCGACCAUACCGCCGGAGCAGAGUAAGCUCAUCUAUCGGCUUUGGUCUAGUCUCAUCUUUGGGCCCAACAUAUUCAAAAUGGUCACGAGCUUGGUGCUGUCGCCCACUGAACCUUCGGAAAGCGAUAUCGAGGCGGCAAUUGAGAAGAUCCAGAAAGACCUGACAUAUUUGAGGAUGUGGGAAGACUUGCUACGCCAACAGCAGCAAGCGCAGUCCCCCAUCGACAGAGACGAAUCGGGCGAUAACGUAAAGUUCGUCUUCGCAGCUCCAGCCUGGAGCAAGGGAAAGAAUUUCAUGCCGUGGCCGGUCCUGCGCGGCACUUUCAUGAUGUGCGGCAUGCUGAAGAGGCGGCUUCUGGUCUCGCUUGCGCCCUCUCGCUUCCCUCACGUCGAGGCAGAGGCUCAGGCGCUGGCCGAAACAACGCUGGAGCUCAACUCCAACCCGGCUACACGCAAGGAAGAUGGCCUUCUGGGAGGCCUUUUCCUAGCGCAAACGGUCUGGGUGGCGAAGGCCGUCCUCACCACAAAGGACAUAUGGAAUGAAACUGUAGCAGAUGCAAGCAGGAUGACUUCAGAGGAAAAUGAAAGAGGGCCGAUAAUUGAACAGUGGAAGUUUAGAAUAUGGUGCAAAGAGCUCGGAAGAAAGGUUUCGUAAGCGCCAUUGCAAUGCGUAGAUCUGGCGAUGCCGGCCGAUGUCGACAAAUCUUACGGUGUGAUGGAUACAUGGAUUCACACCACUCAUGUGCCUUUUGAUUUUAUUAGAACAAGAGGCGUUGGGGUUCAUGGAGUUGUAGUGUCUUCUGUCCAAUGUAAACAUAGAAAAUCGUAUCACCCAACUUAUUUCACUAAGGCCCUAGGUAGUUGUGAGCAUAUGUAUGUAGAUAUUACUACAUACCCAAGUAUAGUACUAAGGCAUUAUGCUAUGGUAGCUACAUGCAUCUAGGAAGGCAGCUUGGGAUUAGCAGGGAAGCCAACCAUUUUCUUUUUUCAUUUCUUCUCUUAUUUUUUUUCCCUUCCCCUUUAUCUCUUU